UUGAAAAAGAUCAGGCGAUCCCUCGAUUCAAUGAAGACCAUGAAUGAUAAUCUACUGAAGCAAGAGGAACGGAAGGUGAAGCUGUGGCUGAAGAAGCAAGGACAGGCAUCAGGCAGCUAUCCUGAGUCAAGCCAUGGGACACAACCAGCCUCUGCGAAAGGGUCCCUCGAUAUAACCUGGAGUCAGUUUGGAGACCAUCUGCCCAACUUUGUCAGUUUUCUGCGACUCCCGACCAAAAGACCAAGUUAUGACCGAAAGAAUUCCAAAGAUCUCACGCCCUUCAGUGGAAACGAUUUGCCCAUGCAGACCCUCUUGGCCAGGCAUGCCUUCGGUCCCAGGAACAGCGUGGCAUUCCCCCCUAGCAGGGACUCCAGGAAGGGAAGCACCCCCCGACAGCCCAGCUUGGAGAACAGCGUCUCCCUCCAAGAAGCCAUGGCCCUCUUCCCUUCCUUGCAGAGGCUGUCGACCAAAGGAGACAGGUUCUCCUUUUCGAAGGUGCCACCUCAUAACUCGGUCUCGGGGUUCCCCGUGCUCCAGAAGAAGCUCAAGACCAUGCUUGAAAGGGCUCGGGGGGACGAGAUGUUUAAGCCGGUGGAGCCAUUGCCCCAGAUCAGGCCCGAAGAAAUUUUGAGCUGCAGGUACCUGCGUCUCUCUCAGAGCAACAUCGAUACUUUGCUGGAUCUCUGCAAAGAAUCCGGCAUUGACAUAGACAUCCAUCCUCACAUGAAAGAAUCGGACAUUAACGUCACCACGGUGCUCUCGUCCAAUCCCAGUCGGACAUUCUAG